UCUUUCAAAAGGCACGUCCUCCGUCGAGUGCGGACAGCAGAGUAAGCAGAGGCGCGUGACAGGUGCGCGGCGGGACGAUCCGCACGUAUGGUUUGAACGGACGGCUGUGAAGCGGGGGAAAGCGGGCCUUUCCUCCUGUGCUGUAGCCCCGCGUGGAUCGCGGCGACCUGGCAUCCUCUUGUGCUCCGCGGGACCGACGCGACAGCUCCGUCCAGCUUCUUCAGCGUGUGUAAUAUUCCUCCGCAAAUAUGUCUUAUCACCUCGCGAAGAAAUAUGCUAACGCAAAUAAUCUCUGUCACGUGUUGACGCGUGUACGACCUAUGAUUUGUGUUCAGAGAUAUAGUUACGCUCACGACAUAGACAUAAACCUGAACGGCGGACCAGUCAGUAUUUUAAAGCAGAAAAUAGCGAGGGGCGAGCUGGCGAACGAUGCGCACCAGACGAAAGUGGCACAGACCCUGCAGAAAAUUUACCAAGAAGUACACGAUUACAAGCCGCAGCAGUUGAAUCUGUUGGAAAAGUGGUUUGGCAGCAAGCGGAGGGAUGCGCCGAAAGGGUUGUACAUUUAUGGAGCGGUGGGUGGAGGUAAAACAAUGUUGAUGGACCUAUUUUACGAUUGUUGCCAGAUUGAAAAUAAGAAAAGGUUCCACUUUCACUCCUUCAUGUUGGACGUACAUAGGAGGGUGCACGAGGUGAAGAAGACCAUUGUACGAGAUGCCACUAGCACCAAAUUGCAACCUUUCGAUCCGAUACCUCCAGUCGCCUCCGGCAUCGCGGAGGAAACUUGGCUGCUGUGCUUCGAUGAAUUUCAGGUGACGGACAUUGCAGACGCGAUGAUAUUGAAGCGAUUGUUCACGGAGUUGUUCGACAAUGGCGUGAUAAUGGUUGCGACCAGCAAUAGAUCGCCGGACGAUCUGUAUAAGAACGGGCUGCAAAGAGGAAACUUCGUACCGUUUAUAAAAGUGUUGAAGGAUCAUUGCUUGGUUAGUAACUUGGACUCAGGGAUAGAUUACAGACUAAAGUCGGGAUCUGGAAACAAGAAGAUAUAUUUCAUAAAAGGCAAGGAUGCUGCGAACGACGUGGACAAGGUCUUUAAGUAUCUUUGCUCCAUGGAGAACGACGUAAUACGGCCGCGCACGAUAUCUAUAAGAGGACGCAAUGUCACCUUUCGGAAAACCUGCGGGCAGGUGCUGGACUCCACAUUCGAGGAAUUAUGCGAUAGACCUCUUGGAGCGAGCGACUAUUUGCAAUUGAGUCAGGUGUUUCAUACAGUCAUAAUAAGAGACAUGCCUCAGUUAAAUCUACAACUCAAAUCUCAAGCCAGGCGAUUUAUUACUCUCAUUGAUACGUUGUAUGAUAAUAGGGUGCGGGUAGUCAUGUCGGCAGCUGUGCCACACACGCAAUUAUUUUUACCAGAAAACGAGUCCGAAUACACUGAUGAAAAGAGGAUGCUAAUGGAUGAUUUGAAUAUUUCACACGGCUCGGGGGAUCACAAGGCGAACAUCUUUACUGGAGAAGAGGAGAUCUUCGCGUUUGAUCGUACCGUAUCACGUCUGGCCGAAAUGCAGACCUCACAGUAUUGGGAGCAAUGGGAACACCAUAGAUAAUGAUAGUUUUAAAACUAGCCCAAAUAGAUUUGUGUAGCUCCAUACGAAUUCAUUUACUUGAGGCUAACGAAGGUUGUUAAUAUUUACGAGCAUAAUUUUUAAACGAUCUCUCGCGCGGAAAGUGACUUAAGCUUUCGUCAGGUGCGCGUGUUACGCCUGUGGCGUAACUUUCGCACUCUUUCUCAGUAUUUUGUCUCGUAAAUUAUUUCGCUAGGGACACAAAAGUUCCUCAGACAUUACCUCUAACAUUAAAGUAUUUAUAUGAUUAUUUAUGAGCGUAAAAUCAUAUGUGCCGAUUGCUCUACUACAAAUAUGUAUAUUUGUAUCUAUGUGUAUAUGCGCAAAAGUCUCAAUUACAUGAAAUUUUGCACUGAU